CUGAAACUUGGGCCGGUCGCACCUCGCUCGCUCGGGAAACCACGACACACAUCCACACCCGCUCGUGACGGGAAGAAACACAAGAAGCCAUGUCCAUUGUGAGACCCACACACGAUCUAUCCCCACCUUAUCUCUUCCUCCUCCUCUCUCUCUUCCUCAAUCCCCUUUUUUCUGUUUCAUCCCGAUCCUGAAUACCUCGCCGCCGUUUGUACCUCCUGACGAGCUCUUAUCCAUGGCGAGGGGAGGGGGCGGGUGUGAUGUUUUGUUGGGCGACGGUAGGGCGCGCACUGCGAGCAGAUGGCGGGGGUGGUGGUCCAAAGGCACUGGACGACGGCGCAUCACGAGCACGAGUGGCGGCACGGCCGGCAACUGCAAGCUAUGUGGCCGCCGGCGUGGAUUGGCUCGGCGGUGCUGCAACCGCAGUUCCGCAGAGCUGCAACCGUGGUCGGAGAAAGCUGGAACCACGGUCUAGCGGAGCUGCAAGGUUCCUACAUGCUGGUGAGGGGGUGCUACAACCAUGGAUGAGAAAAGCUGGAAGCGUUGUCCGGCGGAGCUACAACCAGAUCCGGUGGAGCUGCGAGUUUUUUUGUAGGACAACAGAUGCAAGCCGACGAGCCGGAGGCAAUGACGUAGAUCAGGGGGAUGCUGCAACCAUGGCGAAUCGUGAGCUGGAAUUAACCGGGGGAGGGGAUUAGAGCUGCAAUCUGUCGGUGACCGCGCGCUAGGGGAUCCACUGGCGGCUGUUAUGCAAUCCCCAAGAGCGGCCCCGGCGAGCGCGCCGACGAUCGGCUCGGCGAGCUGCUAGCGCGAGGCCCGGGCGGUUCAUGGAGUUGUGCUUUGUACGCGAGCGAGGAGGGGAUUUUUUUUUCUAGAUCUGACGGUCACGUGUGUCUGUAUCCAACGCUAGGGCGCUGACCGGCUGAAAAUUUCGGCGCGCGCCUAGCAGUGCCUUAUUUUUUAACGCGAUAUAAGAGAACCACGCAGAGCAAAUCUUGAUGUAAAAAUGGAAAAAAUAAAAUAGAAUUAUCUUUUGGUUAUAAAAUAUACAUUCUGUCA